UGGCUAAAGCGCCAGACGGUCCUUGGCUCAGGAUUGUGUCUGAAUAUCAGUGAAUUAACGUUUGCCUGUGCUUGCAGUUACCUACAGACCGAAGACAGCCAUGUCAUCGUUGUGGAGACCGUUUUCUAUUACAGAAGGUCCGUGUAGAAAUGUAGGUUUGAAGGGUGGAUGCUCGCAGCAGCAACAGCAUCCAUUGACCUCAAUUCCAUCCUCAUGUUUGGGAAACGUUAGCGCGAAUCCAGCUGGCACUGCUGCAGCCUACCGCUCCCAGGAUUUCUACCAUUCGUCUUCUUCAAACAGGACAUUGGCUGCAGCUGCAAUUGGUGGAAGGAAAGUAACACAUCCUGGGAAAGCCAUCCUCGCAGGUGGGGUUGCCGGAGGGAUUGAGAUAUGCAUCACCUUCCCAACAGAAUAUGUGAAGACACAGCUCCAGCUGGAUGGGCGGGGCACCAACCCCAGAUACAGGGGCAUCGGAGACUGUGUGAAGCUGACCGUGCAGGAUCACGGGCUGAGAGGCCUGUACCGAGGCCUCAGCUCCCUCCUCUACGGCUCCAUCCCCAAAUCGGCCGUACGGUUUGGAACCUUCGAGGUGCUGAGUAGCCCCAUGAGGGACUCCACCGGUCGCCUGGACAACACGCGCAGCCUGCUGUGUGGGUUAGGGGCUGGCAUUGCCGAGGCCGUGAUCGUCGUCUGUCCAAUGGAAACGCUCAAGGUGAAGUUUAUCCAUGACCAGUGCUCAUUAAGCCCGCGGUAUCGUGGCUUCUUUCAUGGAGUUCGGGAAAUCAUAAGGGACCAAGGCAUCCGAGGCACCUACCAGGGGCUCACUGCAACGGUCUUGAAGCAAGGGAGCAAUCAGGCCAUCCGCUUCUACGUCAUGAACCUAUUAAGGAACUGGUAUAAAGGUGAUGACCCUAGGCGUGACAUGCAUCCCGUAGUGACGGCUAUGUUUGGGGCCACUGCCGGCGCUGCUAGUGUGUUUGGCAACACACCCCUUGAUGUGAUCAAGACCAGAAUGCAGGGUCUGGAAGCCCAUCGCUACAAAAACACGGUGGACUGUGCAUUCCAGAUUCUCAAGCAAGAGGGGCCGCAAGCGUUUUACAAAGGCACGGUUCCCCGGCUGGGCCGAGUAUGUCUGGACGUGGCCAUCGUGUUUGUGCUCUACGAGGAGGUGGUCAAGAUGCUGAACAACAUGUGGAAGACUGAAUAGGGUGAACGAGAGCAAGCGAGAGCGAGCGAGCGAGAAAGAGAGAGAACCUGUAUUUACUUGAAUGGAGAAUCAGAAGGCCAAAAGGCAGGCAGGCUCUGUAGCACAGACAGCUGUUAAGGAUUGGCACGGUACUGAAGGCUUAACCUGGAUCCCCACUCGCAGUACCUGAAGGCGGCUUAUCCCUUCUGUGUUGCGGAGCUAGCACUGCUGAUAGUAAAUGCACAACUUUGUACCAUUUGUUCAGAAGUACUGUUGUCGAUGUUAAGCUUUGCACUGUUAAGGUUACGUUUAUUAUUAUUCGGUUUUUUAUUGUGUUUUUGUUUUGUUUUUGUUUUUUUACCACUGCUGUUACAAGUGUCUUGUAUUAUCACCAUGCUCUUACAUUUGCAGAACGAGGGUUUUUCAGAAAAUGCAGGCUUGGUCCUUCAGCAUAUGCAAGAUGUUUUUACCACUACGUUUUCUUAAAGCCUCAUUAGAGAAACAGAAAUCCCUAUUGACUGUCAGAAUAUGUCUAAAAAAUGUAGCAAGUGGCAUACCUCCUACUGUACUGUGAGAGAGCUUUGUUUAUCUUGGUAGACCGAGUCACAAGGCUCUAUGAUAGUUUUAUGAUAGAUCAGAGACGGUUGAAAGAAUCUGUGAUUGGAUUUUUAACAGGAUGUGCUUUAAACCAAAUUAUAAACAAAAAAGCAAGUACAAAUGUGAUGGCUCAAUGUCCUUCAUUAAGGCGAGAUAUGAACUGUCUUAACUUUAAAAUGAAUCUGGUGAGAUACCUUGCAUAGCUCCAGGGGCGUAAAGUAUACCCCUGCAGCCCCCGCAAGGCAGGAGGGCCCACAUGGGCCCUCGACUUGAAGAAACGGGCCCCCUCCACAUAUUAAGCCCUUUUUUUUGCUUGCAACAGCUUGCAGGGGGGCCUGAACUACUUGCGUUACGCCAGUGCAUAGCUCACUAGUAAUUACCAAAGUCUGCCCCCCAUUAGGUUGUUCAGACACACAAUUAACUGUAUGAAUUGUACACCAAACCUGCAACUCCAGAGAUACUCAUCAGAACAUGAACACCUGUAGUGUGUAUGGCUAUCCUGUAUCUUAUCUGACAGAAUAGAAGUGAGCGAUUCAAACGCACGUGCAGUCUCCACCUCAUCCGCCUUUGAGUGUAGACCAAAAGCUCUUUCUCAGCAUGAAGUCCAAGGUAGCACUAAAUAACGGCCACCAUUGGUUCUGCAGAUCAGCCAUAACUGAUGUGGCUCAGUCACCUCACUCACAGCUGAGCACAAUGCUGCUUUGUUAUAACUUAAGCGCUGUUCAUAGGUUUUGUUACACACUGACGUAGUAGCACUGAAGUUUUUUUGUUUUCUAUGAUUUGAAAUUGCAAAUAUAUCUCCUGGUAUUAAAUGAUUACCCAGCUGUUUACAGUCA